AAUCUCUCCCCUCAGCAUUGCACGCUCAACAUCACCUCCAACAUGACCCCUCUCUUAUCCUCUUUCUCCCUCACCGACAUAGCCUCCUACCUCGUAUGCUUCCUCCUCCUCCUCAUUCUCCUCGAACAGAUCUCCUACCUUGCCAAGAAGGCCUCCAUCCCAGGACCCUCCUUCGUCGUCCCCUUCCUUGGAAACGCAAUCCCAUUGGUCCGCAAUCCAACCAACUUCUGGGACCUUCAGUCCUCUUUGGCAAAGUCCACCCCUUUAGGCUUCUCCGCUAACUACAUAAUCGGCAACUUCAUCGUUUUCAUCAGAGACACCGAACUCUCCCACAAGGUCUUCGCCAAUGUCAGGCCCGACGCUUUCCAUCUUGUCGGCCACCCCUUCGGUAAGAAGCUAUUCGGCGAACACAACCUCAUCUACAUGAUGGGUCAAGAACACAAGAAUCUCCGCCGUCGCAUCGCCCCCAACUUCACCCCCAAAGCCCUCUCCACCUACACCGCGCUCCAGCAGAUUAUCAUCCUUGAUCACCUCAAGUCCUGGGUUGCCAAAGCUCAAUCCCAAACCGAUUCCAUUCCGCUCCGUAUUCUGGCCCGUGACAUGAAUCUCGACACCUCCCAGACCGUCUUUGUCGGCCCCUACUUGGGCCUCAAAGCCAGGGAGCGCUUCGAGAGGGAUUACUUUCUAUUCAACGUUGGCCUUAUGAAGCUUCCGAUUGAUUUCCCCGGCACCGCGUUUCGAAACGCGAGGCUCGCCGUGGACCGGCUCAUCCAAACGCUGGCCACCUGCACCGAGAUGAGCAAAACCAGGAUGCAGAAAAGGGAAGAGCCUUCCUGUCUGAUUGAUUACUGGAUGCAGGAAACGCUCAGGGAAAUCGAGGAGGCCAAGCUCACCGGAGAGCCGGCGGCACCGUUCUCCACCGACGCCGAGAUUGGUGGUUACCUCUUUGAUUUUCUCUUUGCGGCGCAGGACGCGUCCACGUCAUCGUUGCUGUGGGCGGUGGCGCUGCUGGAUUCGCAUCCGGAGGUGCUGGCGAAGGUUAGGGCAGAGGUGGCAGGAGUCUGGUCGCCGGAGUCGGACGAGCUGAUUACGGCGGAGAUGCUCCGGGAGAUGAAGUAUACGCAGGCGGUGGCUCGUGAAGUAGUGAGGUUCCGGCCGCCGGCGACGCUGGUGCCGCAUAUCGCGGCUGAGAGAUUUCCGCUGACGGAGUCGUACACGAUACCGAAGGGGGCGAUCGUGUUCCCGUCGGCGUUCGAGUCGUCGUUUCAGGGGUUCAGUGAACCGGAGCGGUUCGACCCGGAGCGGUUCUCGGAGGAGAGACAGGAGGACCAAGUAUUUAAAAGAAACUUUCUGGCCUUUGGUGCUGGGCCCCACCAGUGUGUGGGUCAAAGGUACGCAUUGAAUCAUCUGGUUCUGUUCAUCGCGUUGUUCGCCACGUUGAUCAAUUUCAAGAGGGACAGAAGGGACGGUUGUGAUGAGAUCGCGUACGUACCCACCAUAUGCCCUAAAGACGAUUGCAGGGUGUUUCUCUCGCAACGCUGCACACGAUAUCCUUCCUUCCCUGCGCUGGAAGACCUGAUGAAAUGACCCCAAUACCCUUUCACAGGCUUUACUUUUCCUUCUCAUUCAUCGCAUGCAGGUGCUAAGUGAUGAUGAAGCUGAAAUGUCGAAUAAGAUGAUAUUCUCUUGUUAUUAGAUUGUUUUGAAAAAUCUCAUUAUACUUUUAGUUUUGGUGUACUAAUAUUUUUAGU